AUGAGCCAUAAGCACAGUAAAGGAGCUGAUGUCGAUGGCGACGCCGCCUCUAUAAAAACUCCAGCAGCAUCUACAUCUGUAACGCCAUCCAUAUCCAAAACAGAAAACGACAACAAGUCAUCAGAGGGAGGGCUGGUGAUCAAUGAAAGGGAAAAGAAAAAACAAGCAUUUGUAACCAGAACAAUCUGGACGUUUGUCAUGAUUGGUGGCUUUUUCAUCGUUAUAGCUUCGGGCCACUUGCCGAUAAUUGCAAUGAUAUUGCUAUUCCAAUUCUUGACAUUCAAAGAGGUUAUUGCAUUAACCUCGGAACCGGCGAGAGAUAAAAAGAUUCCUUACAAUAGAUCACUCAAUUGGUAUUUCUUGGUUACUACGUGGUACUAUUUGGAUUUCCCAUCGUUGGUGGACUUUUUCCAGGACCAAAUCUAUUCAAACAAAUUUCUUACUUUAAUCAUCUUAAACCACAAGAUUAUCAGCUACUCGUUAUACAUUGCCGGAUUUGUGUUUUUUGUUUGGACGUUGAAAAAGGGUUACUACAAGUUUCAAUUUGCUCAACUCUGUGUCACUCACAUGACUUUGUUGUUGGUUGUAUUCCAAGCACAUCUCAUUAUCGGAAACAUACUAAAUGGUAUCUUUUGGCUCUUUUUACCAUCAGCAUUGGUCAUUGUUAAUGACAUCUUUGCCUAUGUAUGUGGAAUCACCUUUGGUCGCACUCAAUUGAUUGAAAUAUCGCCCAAAAAAACAGUUGAAGGAUUUGUCGGUGCUUGGAUUUGCACUGGUAUUGCUGCAGUCAUUGGCUCACUUAUCUUGUCCAAGUCUGACUAUUUGAUUUGCCCUGCCCAGAAUUUAUCAACCCACUUGUACAAUUAUCCAAGUUGCGAACCAAACCCCGUGUUUAUCCCACAAGUUUACCAGUUGCCACAAAACAUAGUCGACCUUUUUGGAGGCAAGGUUGAACUCGUCACUUUCAAGCCAAUCUACUUUCACGCUGCAGUUCUUGCAACUUUUGCAUCCUUGAUUGCUCCCUUUGGUGGGUUUUUCGCAAGUGGUUUGAAGAGAGCUUUUGGUAUCAAGGAUUUUGGUGACACGAUUCCAGGCCAUGGCGGCAUUACCGAUAGAUUUGACUGUCAAUUUUUGAUGGGCUCAUUCACUUACUUGUACUAUCAAACGUUCAUCAGUAAUCACAAUAUGAACUUGGGCAAAGUUUUGCAAAUGGCAAUCAUCAAUUUGAGUGCACCACAAUUGAUUCAAUUGGUAAAGAGCAUUUUGAGGUACUUGAAUAGAGAGGGCGUUGUUGAUGAUGAGAAGUUGCAAGUAAUUGUUGAACUAUUGGCUAGCUGA